CAGUCUUUCUGGGAUGUCCGUCCCCUCGGACUGGAUUGGGAGAACACAGGAAAAACCCCAGCCCUCUCCCACAGAGCCUCAGCCUGCGACAACUACUUCCCGCUGGCAAGCAGAGCCGCCUGAAGCCAGCAGCAGAGCCAGCUCCAGGACAGCGAGCAAGCAAACGCUGCCUCUGCAGCCGCCAGGCAGCUAACAGCCUCAUCCACAGGCUCUCACAGGCAGGUGCUCCCGGGAGAAAUCCAGGCGGUUAGCUGGUCCUCAUGUCAGCCAAACCCAGCCCCAGGCCUGGCCCCACUUUGGCACCCAGCAAUGACUUCGAGGACAUCCACAACUGGACAGAACUGCUCCAACUCUUCAACCACACCUUCUCUGACUGCCACAUGGAACUCAAUGAGAAUACCAAACAAGUGGUCCUCUUCAUCCUCUACCUGGCCAUCUUUGUGGUAGGGCUAGUGGAGAACAUGCUGGUGAUUUGUGUCAACUGGCGCCGCUCGGGCCGGGCAGGGAUGCUGAACCUGUACGUCCUCAACAUGGCCAUUGCCGACUUGGGCGUCAUCCUGUCUCUGCCUGUGUGGAUGCUGGAAGUCAUGCUCGAGUACACCUGGCUCUGGGGCAGCUUCUCCUGCCGCUUCACUCAUUACUUCUACCUUGCCAACAUGUACAGCAGCAUCUUCUUCCUCACAUGCCUCAGCAUUGACCGCUAUGUCACCCUCACCAGUGCCUCUCCCUCGUGGCAGCGCCACCAGCACCGAAUACGGAGGGCCGUGUGCGCAGGCGUCUGGGUCUUCUCGGCCGUUGUCCCACUGCCUGAGGUGGUGCAUAUUCAGCUAAUAGACGGCUCUGAGCCCAUGUGCCUCUUCCUAGCACCUUUUGAAACGUACAGCACCUGGGCCCUGGCAGUGUCCCUAUCUGCCACCAUCCUGGGCUUCCUACUGCCCUUUCCUCUUAUCGCGGUUUUCAACAUCCUAUCAGCCUGCCGGCUUCGUAGGCAAGGACAGCCGGAGAGCAGGCGCCACUGCCUGUUGAUGUGGGCUUACAUAGCGGUCUUUGUUGUCUGCUGGUUGCCCUACCAUGUGACUAUGCUGCUGCUCACUCUGCACACGACCCACAUCUUCCUCCACUGCCAGCUGGUAAACCUUCUGUACUUCUUCUACGAAAUCAUUGACUGCUUCGCCUUGCUGCACUGCAUCGCCAACCCCAUCCUUUACAACUUUCUCAGCCCAAGCUUCCGGGGCCGGCUGCUGAGCAUCGUGAUCCGUUACCUUCCCAAGGAGCGAGCCAGGGCAGCAGGAGGACAAGCCUCCUCCUCCUCCUCCACCCAGCACUCCAUCAUCAUUACUAAAGAGGACAACCUGGCUGCUGCAGCAGAUCCCCGUCCUCGCUCCAUCAGGAGCACUCAGGCACCCUCUCCCGACACCUCACCUACACUCUGCAAUUCCCCAGCCAGCUAAGGUAGAGUCCAGGCUCUUGCAGAAAUGACAAAGUCCAGAGGGACAAGCAAGAGAUGUGGGGGAGGGGAAAGAGUUAAUUUUUAAGUCUAUCAAAACGUUGCUGAGGAGAGAGGGAGAAGGGUUGGGAAGGAGAGAGAACGGGUUCUUCCUUGGUAGUAUACUGUUUGUUUGGGGCCUCAAGGCUAA